CGUGGGCGGAGCUUCAGACUCAGUGAACUGAGAGAAGAGCGCUACGUAAAAACUACCGAGUCACUCAGCGCUGAACGCUACACUCUUUCGCAAGUUGUUGCUCCACGAAGCGGCCACUUCGGAAAGCCUUUUGAAACAACUCCCACAUCAGUUCGAGUUUUUGUCUUUCAGUGUUUGACAGAAAAUGUCUGAGCGUGUCGCUCCCUUUCACAGUAACCGCUGCUUAGCUGCAGCAGCGCCCGCUGGAAAAGCCAAACUAACCCAUCCUGGCAAGGCGAUUCUAGCAGGUGGAAUUGCAGGUGGCAUCGAAAUCUGCAUCACUUUCCCCACAGAGUAUGUGAAGACUCAACUUCAGCUGGAUGAAAAAGCCAACCCUCCACGCUACAGAGGCAUCGGGGACUGUGUUACACAGACGGUUCGAGGCCAUGGAGUAAAGGGCUUAUACAGAGGCCUCAGCUCGCUACUGUAUGGAUCUAUACCCAAAUCAGCAGUCAGGUUUGGUGUGUUUGAGAUUUUGAGUAAUCAGAUGCGUGAUGAGGCUGGGAGAUUGGACAGCACGCGUGGUUUAGUCUGUGGCCUGGGAGCGGGGGUCAUGGAGGCAGUGCUGGUUGUCUGUCCUAUGGAAACAGUCAAGGUUAAAUUCAUCCAUGACCAGACCUCAGCCAAUCCCAAAUAUCGGGGCUUCUUUCAUGGAGUGCGAGAGAUCGUUAGAACUCAAGGAAUUAGGGGAACAUAUCAGGGUCUCACAGCAACAGUGCUUAAGCAGGGCUCCAAUCAGGCCAUCCGAUUUUUUGUCAUGACUUCACUGAAGAACUGGUACAAAGGUGACAACCCCAACAGGCCUAUGAACCCUAUAGUGACGGGUGUGUUUGGUGCUGUAGCUGGUGCUGCUAGUGUGUUUGGAAACACGCCUCUAGAUGUGAUCAAGACCAGAAUGCAGGGUUUGGAGGCUCAUAAGUAUAAAAACACUGUAGACUGUGCUGUGCAGAUCAUGAAACAUGAGGGACCAACUGCGUUCUACAAGGGCACAGUUCCUCGGCUGGGCCGCGUAUGCUUGGACGUAGCCAUCGUUUUUAUCAUCUAUGAAGAGGUGGUGAAGGUUCUCAACAAAGUCUGGAAGACAGAGUGAGAGAAUUGAAAGAGAAGAGAGAAGAUAUCCAGAGAGAGGAGAGAGAUUAAGGUGGAAAAUUUGAGACGCAAUCACUGUGCCAAAAGAUGGAGUGCUUAUAGGUGUUCAUUUAUGUCUCUGAUCACCUGGUAGCAUCAGUGCAUCUCCUACUGUAGCUCCUCUCUCGAAAUUUGCACACAAGUGUUUUUAACAGUGGUACAUCAAUAGUGUAGCAAUACCCGUUUACUCUGCUAAUGUUGUGGCAAUUUUUCUGUUUUAAAGGAAAACUCCAGCAUUGUUCAGCCUAAUCUCUAUCCACUGUAUCAGUACUGUAUGCUAGAUUUGCUUGAACAGCAAUUUUGAAAAAGCAGCUCUGUGUACUUAAAAAUGAAUAGAAAACUGUUGACUCACACUUACAAUAGAAUCCAAUGGGAUUGAACGAAGCAACUGUUAGUUCCUAUUAUAAUUGUGAGGAAAAAGAGCAGAACUCAAAUCCAAACUUUCAAAUAUUGAAAAUCAUGAAAGUUUAAAAAAAGGUCAAAUAUUAAAUUAGGAAUUUUUUAUUUGCAAAUUAGUUUCUCUGUAACGUUACACAUUCUCAUAUUGCAGAACAAUGAGAUGUCUGAACUCUGUAGUCCCCAAGAGGGAGAUGAGUCUUAUGUCAGUCAGUUUUUUUAUCUGUUUAGUCCAAAGAAAGUAGCAUACUGCAGCCCUGGAUAGCAGAUAGUACAGAGCGCUGCUAUAGCACAUAGGAAGCUUUACAGAAAAGCCCAGUAAACAAGAAGCUCAGCUUUAUUUGAAUACUUGUAUUGAAUAAAACCUUCAGCAUCAUUUAACGAAUUAAUCACAUUUGGGAUCAGUUAAUUAACUCUGCAUUAAUUGUGUUGAGUUGAAAGGUGCAAGGCACAAUACGAUGUGACUAGUAAUGUUAGCUCAGGUGAAAACAGACUAAUAGCAUUUGUUUGUUUAUCGUAAAGAUACCAGAUUGGCUGCCUACCUCUGUGUAAAUUUAAUGCCAGUAUCACUUAUUGGGGAUAUUUGUGGCCUGGGUUUAAUGUAGUAAGAUGCUGAGUGGCAUUAUCUCAGGUGGCCUGAGUAGUAGUCCUAAAUGUUUUUGUUUGUUUGUUUGUUGUUGUUGUUGUUGUUUUUUCUUUGGGGGGUGGUAUUCAAAAGGUAUUCACAAAUUCAAAUAACAAGUUUGACUGAAAUGCUCAUCCCCACUCAAAGGAAACUUCUAAUAGAAGCUAAUGGAUAUUUAACUGCCCAUUAGCUUUAAUUAUUGUUAACUAUUGUAAGUGUGUUUUAAGUCUACAGAUUUCAUUUCUAAAUACAAAUCAAUGUGUCAAAAAAUGACUCUUCGUGGUAAUUGACCAUGUGCUACAGACACAGCAGAUAUUGGUUAGAUUGAAAAACGCUGGAGUAUUCCUUUAACGUGCCAAUCUACUGGGUAAUUCAGUAGUAGUUUCAUCAUGGAGGACGAUUAAUUCUUAAUUAAAUUACCAUCCAUGCACAUCUCUCUCUCUCUAACACUCACACACACCAAACGCACAGAGGAAGGGAGGGUAAUAUACUGGCAAAGUAUGCUAAUGUAUUGUUUUUUAAAUGUUUUAUUAUAAAAUAUGGGACCAGGAGUUUAGGAUUAAAAGCAGAGCUAUUUUAUUUUAAAAGAGACUUUUAGCCUACAGAUCAUUACAUAAAAGAAGGGAGAGUUUACUAUUAAUGAGUAUUAGACAGCAGAGGCAGUGGCACUUUUAACAAAAUGUAUUAACUUCUGAGGCCUUUGCUAUUUUACAUUGAUAACAAUGUUUUGUUUACCUGUGGUGGGAAUUUAGCUUUUUUAUUAUUUCUAAAUGCCAGUACAUUCUCUUGAAUACAACUUGAGUUGCAUUUUGAGUUGAACUUUGAAAUGCAACUAAUGGUAUUCUCAGUGAAAUAACAGCAAUGUAUGCUUUAGUAUAUCAGCAUUUUUCCACCACUGUGAUUUAUUUAAUCGUGGUUGUUUUGCUUUUACAUUUGUAACCCGUUUGGUUAAUAAAUUUUUAAUAUAUUUUGUAUUUAUUUUUCACUUAUGUUGCACAUGUGCCUUUAACCAUACAUUCCACUUGAUUUUGAAUGAAUGAACACUUCUAACUUCUUUUAUGAGUCAUCUCCUCCUAACAGUCUGUAUUAUGUUGGUCUGAAUCCUGUCUCCUUGUUAACUCUGCCUCUGUGCAAUAUUCUGCAAACUGUAGAUACCUACUUCAGAAAUAUAAAAAACAACUUAGAACUGAAUGUACUGAGAACACUGUAGCUGUGUGUUUUUUUUAUUCCUGAAACAGUGAGCAGUCUUGAAUUUCCUUGUUGUUAAAUGUAAAUGUGAAAAGCUGAUAUUAGGUUUAUAAUGAAAGGUCAGGUCUUGUUGUGAUGUAAUGUGACACUUAUUGUGAUGUAACAUGUGAGGGUGUAUGCCUCUCACAUAACACACAAGAAAACCAUUAAAGGCAACAGUUAGCUAGCUCAAAUGCUCAAAAGUAUUGCAUAAUACAGACAAAAUUGAAGGCAAAUACACUGAAAAUAUUCUAGCCAUAAUCUGCAAGAUCUUCCUCAAUGGAAAUGUUUGUAAAACCCACUGAACUGUGACUGUUCCAGCUAGGCCCUCAGUUUCAGCCAUAAAUGUCAAAACCCGAUCAAGAAAUGAGAAAAAUAAAAUCCACUUUUAUGAUGACACUAAUUUCAAACUUGCCCCCUUGUGGGAUUUCUAAUGGUUUGUCAGCACUAAGCUAACACUGAUGCAUAUAAACAUCUUUAGGCCAUUCUAGCUUUGUAGACCUGAAGUUUUUCUCACAAAGGUGAUCUCACCCACUCUAAAUCAAAUGUGAUUAGAUGUGUCUCAAAGUGAAGGUUGAUCCUGCUAGCAAAGUCUCCUCUUCUGUGCUCAUUCACACAUAUUUGAGAUGGCCGAGGAGGCUAUAAUGACACUGUACAAUAUGUUUAAAAUUUAUCUUUACAGAAAUUCUAGUAAAAUUUACAUUUCAUUACAAACUCUGGAACAUCAUUCAGUGUUGUAAUAGCUGAGAAAUGCAGUCUUGGCUUUGAGACACGUCUGUUGGUUUAUUAUACUUCCACUUCCUAAUAAUGUUGGUAGUAAAGCUAAAAUGUAGGGCCUUCUGUCCACCUCUUAAAGACCCAACCAUUAGGAGAUCUCACUUAAUUGUGUCUACCUAGAAGACACCACAGAGAAAAAAUGUUAAUUAUCUUCAAUUGGCCUCGCUUCAUUCGGUUUGUGAUUACAUCAUGCUUAAUAACUUAUUAGUAAUAUUUAUUAUUAAACAUUUAGAAAUGGCAAAUGAAGUUACAGAAAAUACAGUAACAUUUUUAUGGGCAUCACUUUGAUCACAUAUAAAUACAUUUUGUCACUGUCAAGUUGGUGCUUUCCCUUUCCUUCAUAAAUGAAUGUGAGGGGUUGUUUAAAAACCAACUUCAUGGUUCAGACAAUUAAUUCUUUGACCUGGAGCUCUGAAUCGCAAGCUUCUCUUUCAGCUUUCUAGAAGUUGUGACCAGCACAUUGCUGAGCUAAUAUCACAGAGUGAGUCUUUAAUUACACAAUGAGUAAACAUGGGUUUGCCUAAAAUGCUUCAUGUUUCACAUGUUGGCAAAUGUAAUGAGCAUGACACGGUGGACAUGUGUUGUUUGAAAUCUUGUUUGGACAUGAAAUUUUGAAAUAUCUUCACAAGUGCAUUUGCCCUAGAUGUGCAUUUGUGCUACAGCAUUGAAUAGUUAUUGUACUUGUAAAGUCAACUUAAAAUCAACAUUGACCUCUUUUAGCUUGUUAGUUUAUGUCCCUGGUCACAUUAAGCAUGACUCAUCAUAUUCUGAGUCUUCUGAGUUUUGAUUACUUCACCACGCACCAGCAGCCAGGGAAAAAUAAACUAGUAACGUAUUCACCUCCCGCUCCCGUGACCCCUACAUAUCAUCAUAUCAAGCAAAAACACUCAGAGACUCUGUUAGCUGUUCCUGUUACCAUGUGUCACUCAAAAAUAUGUCAAAAGUAAAAUGUGUUACAAUUUCCAAUUCAUGUUGAAUUUAAGUAGAUGUAUUGUGGGGUUUAAAAUCAGUGCAGAUAUCAUUGAGCUAACAGAGUUUCCAUGUAGCAGCUCAGCAUCAAAGAGAACUCUAAUAUGUGUGUGUUUGUGUGAGUGUGUCUGCCUAUGUAUGUGUCUGUGCAUUUGUGUUGGUGCAGGUAAUGUUUAUUGGUGCCUUCCUGAAGUGUCGUGUACCAUACCAUUGUUGGUGCCAUUUGUAUCAUAGGCUAAUGAUUUUGUCAUCUCUUUCUGGUGGAAUCAUGAGUGUCUCAACACUAAUAUGCUAAUGAAAUUAUUUUAUUUUCCUAACUCUGUGAAAUAAAUCAGUCCUAUGACUAGCCUUAA